GAGGCUCCUGUCUGGCAGCGCCUCUCUAUGGUGAGGUGGGGCUUUGCGGCGUGCUCAUGGCGGAGGUGGCUCAGGAGGUGCCCGAGGAGGUGCUGCUCUUCCUGCGGCAGCACCCGCUGCUCAGCCUCGCGGAGUCGGGCAAGGUGCGGUGCCGGCUGACGGGCCACGAGCUGCCGUGCCGACUGUCGGAGCUGCAGGCUUACACCGACGGCAGGAAAUACCGACGGCUGAUAAAGACAUCCCGAGAGUUUGAUUAUAGCACCUUCGAGCCCCAUAUUGUGCCCAGCACAAAGAACCUACAUCAGCUGUUCUGCAAACUCACUCUCAGACACAUCAACAAGCUUCCAGAGCACGUCCUGCGUCACGUCCAAGGGAAACGCUAUCAGAAGGCACUGAAAACAUAUGAGAAGUGCCAGAAGGAAGGGGUGAAGUAUGUCCCUGCCUGCUUGCGGCAGAAGCAGCAGCAGAGACAGCGCGCUGACGACAAAACGAAUGGGAGCAGGCAGCCUCACAGAACAGAAGAAUUCUGGGAGCCCAGCUCUCCCAGGACAGACGAGGAUGAGGAUGGAGAGGAGACAGACGACAGCAUGAGCGAUCUGUACCCACCUGGACUCUUCCCAGAAAAAAGCCCAGCAGCUCCACAAAACACAGAGGCCAACGAUGGUUUUGCAACAGACAGUGGGGACGAUGGGGCCGAGCUGAAUAGGGAGAACGGUGACAUGAAUGGAGAUGGUGACAGAAUGGAUGUCAGCAGAGCAGCUGGCAAGAGGGGAAAGAAACAGUCCGGCCCUUCAAAGAAAAAAUUCAAGAGCUGUCAUCAAAAACCCAAAAAGUUCAAGAAAACAACCAAUGGUAAAUAAAUUUUUAUGAUAAAAACGCAGCUUGAAGAGUCUUGUGUAACAAUUCCAGGUGGUGCACAAGACCAAAGCGUUCACCUGUAAGCCCUGCUGCCCGUUCCAGUUAACUGUUACAGCAGGGAGAAACAGCAAGGGGGAAUUGAACUGCAUGUUAAAGCUCUCUCCAUCCACUACUCACAGAACAAGAAUUACUACAGUACCAUAAAGGCAAAGCUACUGCUUGGAACUCUUUCCAAAGAGAAAAAGCAUGCAUGUUUAAGUGUCACUAGUCAUACACUUCAAGUGGAUACAAAGAUGCCAUUUGUUUUUAUUUUGAUUGUUUCAAAAAUCAAAACAUUUUCAAACACAACUAAGGUACAAAAUACAGCAUAAAAUGAGAAUUUAUACUUUUUUUUUUUUUUUUU